AUGGAUGUCAAUUAUAUAAACUCUACGAUGAUUCCCCUUCGAAAAUCCCUAUCUCGGUUCAACUCCACGAUUAUCACUCGGAUCAAGUCUACAACUAUCACUCAGAUCAACUCCACAUCUAUCAUUCAGAUCAACUCCACGAAAAUUACUCAGAGCUACCACGAUGCAGUCUCUUCCAAAGAACCGCAGUACACCGAGUCUCAAAUUUUGAACUUCGUCCUAGGCCUUGAACAUUUUCAGGACGCCUUCUACCGGGAAGGGCUCAAGAACUUCACUCAAGCCCAGUUCGCGAACUACGGCUUCGAUGCCAGCUUCUACUCGAAUUUGACAGAAAUUGCAUCACAAGAGCAUACCCAUGUCACAUACGUGACCACAGAGCUCCGCCGUCUUAAGGCUAGCCCCGUGGCCGAAUGCAAGUACAACUUUAACGUCACUAAUCCCUCUGUAUUCGUCACCACGGCAUCUCUGAUCGAGUCGGUCAGCGUCAGCGCUUACAUCGAUGUACUAUCUCAACUCAGAGGCUCUGCCUUCCUCAAGGUCUUCUCGUCUGUCUUAGCCGUUGAGGCGCGGCAUUCGUCCUUCAUACGCGCCGCGCUCGGCAAUCAGCCCUUCGCAUCUCCAUACGACACCCCAAUCGAUCUUGAUGAGGCUCACACCCUGGUUGAACUCUUCACCGUGUCGUGCCCAGAGGAUAAUCCUCUUGGCCUCAAGGUAUCUCAUCAUGCGCUUUUGGAUACAUGGUGA